AUGACCCAAAAUCUGCGAAAAACACACCCCAUUUUAAAAGCUAUUAAUCAUAUAUUAAUUGAUCUCCCUGCUCCAACUAAUAUUUCUGCAUGAUGAAAUUUUGGAUCCUUAUUAGCUCUUUGUUUAGCUAUACAAAUUGUAACUGGCCUAUUUUUAGCCAUGCAUUACACUGCAGAUAUUUCAACUGCCUUUUCCUCAGUAAUCCAUAUUUGUCGAGAUGUAAAUUAUGGUUGACUUAUGCGCAACGUACAUGCGAAUGGAGCCUCCCUAUUUUUCAUUUGUUUAUAUCUUCAUGUAGGUCGUGGUAUUUAUUAUGGAUCCUAUCUAUUUAAAGAAUUAUGAAACGUUGGUGUUAUCUUAUUUAUUCUUGUAAUAAUAACAGCAUUUGUAGGUUAUGUAUUACCAUGAGGUCAAAUAUCCUUCUGAGGUGCCACUGUAAUUACUAAUCUCUUAUCAGCUAUUCCAUUUAUUGGUAAUAUAUUAGUUCAAUGAAUUUGAGGUGGUUUCUCAGUAGAUAAUGCUACAUUAACACGAUUCUUUGCUUUUCACUUUAUAUUACCUUUUAUUAUUGCAGCGAUAACCAUUAUCCAUAUUAUUUUUCUUCAUGAAUCGGGUUCUAACAACCCCACCGGUCUCAACUCUAACACGGAUAAAAUUUCCUUCCACCCUUAUUUCACAUAUAAAGACAUACUAGGUUUUGCAUUUAUUAUUUCUAUCCUAUUAUCUAUCGCUCUAUUUUCUCCCAAUCUACUUGGAGAUCCAGAAAAUUUUACUCCGGCAAAUCCGCUAGUUACCCCUCCCCAUAUCAAACCAGAAUGAUAUUUUUUAUUUGCUUACACUAUUCUCCGAUCCAUCCCCAACAAACUUGGCGGAGUUUUAGCCCUUAUCUUUUCCCUACUUGUCCUCUUUCUUUUACCUUUACUACACACAUCAAAACAACGAACAAAUAUAUUUCGCCCUUUAACUCAAGUUAUUUUCUGAUUUAUAGUUGCCAACAUAUUCAUCUUAACCUGAAUUGGAGGUCAACCCGUAGAAAAUCCCUUUACACUAAUCGGUCAAAUUACCUCUAUUAUCUAUUUUAGCUUGUUCCUUGUCGUUUUUCCCCUACUCGGUUUAUUAGAAAAUAAACUGCUUAAUUAA